CUCCGGACGGCCCCAUGCAAGCCAAACGAUGACCAGUUGUGGCCAGCGGUCCCUGAACGUGCUCACCGUCCUCUCGCUGCUGGUUCCGGCAGUCUUGUCCGCGCACUUCCGGGUCUGUGAGCCGUACACGGACCACAAAGGCCACUACCACUUUGGCUUCCACUGCCCCCGGCUCUCCGACAACAAAACCUUCAUCCUCUGCUGUCACCAUAACAACACGGUGUUUAAAUACUGCUGCAACGAGACGGAGUUCCAGGCGGUGAUGCAGGCGAACCUCACGGCCAGCUCCGAGGGCUACGCGCACAA